AUGCCGUCUGCGCACGGCGCGUCGAAGAGGAUUGGCGGCGAAGCGGAGGCCAAAGGCUGCGGCAACGAAAAGCAUCUCUCGCGUGCCCCCCAAAUGCGUGACCCGAAGAACUACUGUCAAGUGACGAAGAAGUUCCCGCCACCGGAGGAGGGGGAGCGGUGCUGCAAGUUUCUGCUUGACCCCCUGGACGCCGCGGUGGAGAGGGAGCACCGCAUGCUGGAGCUCGUCCCCGGCCGCAUGCAGCUCGUGGACGGCGUCAACCACAACUUCCUCUUCGGCGACGUCGAGGAACACGGCCUGGAGGGGCACGCCUACCCCUACUACAGGGUCAGCCUCGGCCGCACGGGGCGGACGCGUAUGGCGGUGCCGCCCGGACUCGAGCCGCGGACGGAGUUCGUGGCACUCGGUAGGCGGAGCCUGUUUGAGUACAACAGUAAGCGCCCGGUGGUUGUGUACGUGCCUGAAGACGCCAAGCUGCGCUACCGCAUCUGGGAAGGCGGCGAGGAGUGCGUCGCGACCGAGCUCUGA